AUGACUGACUUCAAGAUUCAUGUUUCAUCAUCCCCAUCUUCAUCCUUUUUCUUUUCUUCCAUUACUGCUAGUACCGUUGAUCAAGGUUCUCGUUCUUGUGAUACUGGAACACACAAACGGAAAUACCGACAACAAGAAACCAACAAUAAUUCAUCAUUAUUGAAUUUGUCUUCAUAUCCCAAUGAAACUAAUGUCUGUCUCCAUUUAUCUCUAUAUUUUUGUAAUUGCAUUGAAAUUGCCAAGAAACAGAAACUUGCUCACCAAGAUACUAAUGUUGAUGCUGUUGUUCCUGUUGGAACAAGUUCUGAUCCAUGGAAGAUCAAGAAAGUGCUGACAUUAAGUGAUGUUGGAUAUAAUAGCAGACUUUUGUUGAAGAAAGAAUUGGCUAAGGAAUGGAUCGUUCCUUUUUUGAAUAAAGCUGAAGCUGAAAAAGAUGGUGUGAAAGUUGCGGUGUUUGACGUUGAUACUCAAAGUCUACGUUCUCUUGUUUUCAAGAUAUGGCCUUCGAAUGGAAGUCAUGUUUUCAUCGAUACAUGGAUCUUUUGUAUGCAAAAGGAAUUUACAGGCUGGAGAUGA